AUGUGUCACUUCACUGCUACAAAACUGGAUCACAACUUGAAGUUGAAGGGCUGCUGUUUGUCAGAAAUCAGCUGUGAGGUUCUGGGCACAGCUUUGAAGAACAACCCAACCAAUCUGAAAGAACUGGACAUGAGCUGGAAUAAAAUCCAGGAUUUUGGAUUUAUUCAUCUGCGUGGUUUUCUGGAGAGUCCAGACUGCAGGCUGCAGACUCUGAGGUUGGUGAAUUGCAGUUUGUCAGACAUCAGCUGUGAAGUUCUGGGCACAGUUCUGAAGUCGAACCCAACCAAUCUGACAGAACUGGACCUGAGCUGGAAUGAAAUCAAGGAUUCCGGAGUUCUUCAUCUGAGCGAUUUUCUGGAGAGUCCAGACUGCAGACUGCAGACUCUGAGGUUGGAGGACUGUAGUUUGUCAAAGAUCAGCUGUGAUGCUCUGGUCAAAGCUCUAAAGUCCAACCGGCCCCACCUGACAGAACUGGAUCUGAGAUACAACAACCUUCAGUCUUCAAAUGUUCAGCAGCUCCAGGAUCUGGUGAAGAGUCCCAACUGCAAACUUCAGACUCUGAGGUGGGAGGGAAGGAGCUGGUGAGUCUGAUGUUCCUCCUGGAGGAGCAGAGAGAAUCCUCAGCAGAAACGAGUCUGCAGAGAUGUUGUUUCUGGAGGGGGAGAGCAGAGUGAUGGAGGAAUCAGAGGAAGUGGAGAUGAGUGUCAGAGCUGCAGCAUGAACUGAUCUGAGAUCAGCUCCACUGUCUCUCUCAGCAUCAAGUGGACAGUUAUUGUCCUGCAGCUCCCCCGGUGGACUGAUGGAGAACUGCACUUUAUCUUGUCUACUCUUACACGUGUUUCAGAAAUCCCAUCUGAGUUCAGUUAGUGAACAAAUGUCUCUCAGUUGAAUCAUUUCCAUAUCAUUUCUGUUCUGUUUAUAAUAAAAUAUUGACUUAUUCCGUUUGAAAGAGCAAAAUUCCACAAUGAAACAGAUCCGGAAGUGGUGGCGAAAAAAAGAGAGAUGGUAAUAAGAGAAUGAUGAAAGAAAAAAAAAACACCCAAGCAGGCAGCAGAGGGCUCCAUGCAGGCUGUUGACGUCCUGCUGUCUGCCCUCCGGUGUCGGUGUUUUGCCAAGGUUCGUCCCCUGCCAGAAUUUGUUUCCCCAUCUCAGAUAUCGUUUUGGCAAGAGGACUGUACCUGUUGCCAGGAUCUUCAGAGUCAUCAUUGAGACACUCCUUUUAUCAAAAAAAAA